AUGAGGGUCCACGACGACGCGGAUCCCAAGUACAGCGCGAUGGGGAAGUCAUCCAAGUUGGCCGUGAAGCGGCCCGGCACGGUCGUGUUCCGCGAGAAUCCCGGCAAGGUGCAGAAAAUGAACGAGAACAACAGAGGAACGGCGAACAGUGCGAAUGUGCCGAGGAACGGCGACAAGGUGAACGUCGCUCUGCACCAGCGGAGGAAGUCGCUGCCCGUCUACAUGCUCCGCAAACGACUGUUGGAAGAGAUACGUCGGCACAGCACUCUAAUCAUAAUAGGCGAAACUGGCAGUGGUAAGACCACGCAGAUUCCACAGUUGCUGCUCCAAGCUGGAAUUGCUGGAUCAUCUGGUUGUAUUGGCAUUACACAACCACGUAGGAUAGCGGCGGUCAGUAUUGCACGUCGAGUUGCCCAAGAGCAAGGAGUGAAGCCAGGAAAAUUAGUCGGCUACUGUGUUCGUUUUGAGGAUUGCACUUCAUCUCAAACAAGAAUCAAGUAUCUGACGGAUGGCAUGAUGGUGCGAGAGGCAAUGACCGAUGAAAUUCUGUCGGAUUAUUCGGUAGUGAUACUUGACGAAGCUCAUGAGCGAUCUGUGCAGACUGAUGUUUUGUUUGGGGUGGCGAGACGAGCGCAAAAUUUACGAAAGUUGAAGAAUCUGCCACCUUUGAAACUUUUGAUCAUGUCGGCCACGAUGGACCCCGUUAAAUUCAAGGAAUAUUUCCAAGCACCGGCAUUGUAUCUAGAAGGCCGUCAGCAUCCCGUGAGGAUAUUCCACGCGGUUUCCUCGCAGCAGGAUUAUGCAUUCGCCGCGUUAGUUACAGCGUUUCAAAUUCAUCGCGAGACACCCGCGAAUGAAGAUAUUCUUAUCUUCCUAACUGGUCAGGAAGAAAUAGAAGCGGCAGUGGUAGCCGCCCGACAGGUGGCUAAACAAUUGGACGGACAGGAGUAUCCGCCUCUGAAAAUCUUUCCUUUAUACGCGGCACUGCCCACUCAUCAGCAGUUAGAGGCCUUCAAAGCUUCGGCGCCGGGAAUGCGGAAAUUGAUACUAUCGACAAACGUUGCUGAGACAUCCGUUACAAUUGGUGGAAUUCGCCACGUGAUCGAUACCGGAGUUGUCAAAGCGAGGACUCAUCAUCCGACGACGGGAUUGGAUGUAUUGAGGGUUGAAAAAAUCUCACGGGCUCAGGCCUGGCAAAGGGCAGGUAGAGCCGCUCGCGAAGCGCCGGGCAGGUGUUACAGAGUUUAUACGCGAGAAGAUUUCGAGAAGAUGAAAGACAUGCCUAUACCAGAAAUUCAAAGGUGCUCUCUCGCGGGAGUCGCUUUGCAACUACUCGCUAUCGGUGUCGACAUUACCACCUUUGAUUUCAUGGACAAACCGCCUAAGGAGGGUGUAGAUGUGGCCGUGAACUGUUUGGAAAAACUGGGUGCGGUUAAAGGAUCUCCACCGCAGUUGACUACGCUCGGCCGAACGAUGUCACUAUUCCCGUUAGAUCCUCGAUUUACCAAAGUGAUCCUCGCGUCAGUGGAACACAGGUGUCUGGAGGAAGCAUUGACGGUUAUCGCUUUAUUAUCGGGAGAAUCGAUUUUCAUGGACCCACCCACGAAGAGGGAACAGGCUUACAAUGCACGCUCACGAUUUGCUUCGCCUGAGGGGGAUCACGUAACACUGUUGAAUGUGUUCCGAGCAUACCAAAGUGUUACGCAGAAGAAGGUGUGGUGCCACGAGAACUUCUUGCACCAUCGAAAUCUGGAGUACGGGUCGGAAGUGAGGCAACAGCUUGCGGCGUUGGCAGAACGUGCGAAUUUGGAGAAGGCGAGUUGCGGAACGAAUACGAAACAACUCAGAAAAGCUUUCCUCGAGGGAUUAUAUGAGAAUCUUGCCGAGCUGCAAAGAGAUCAAACGUAUAUCACGGUAUACUCUAAGCAGCCGGUAACCAUACACCCUUCCUCGACAUUGCAUGGUACGAAACCGCCAUUGCUGCUAUUCACGGAGGUCGUAGCCACCGGAAGAUGUUAUCUUCGCGGUCUGUCUGCGAUCGAUCCAGCGUGGUUGACGCAGAAGAACAUCGGCCCUGGAAAGCACGACUGACGCAAUUUUUUUAUCUUAGGACGUUAUUUAUACAGAGCUUAUUUUUGUUGACGUGAGGUGGAGCAAUUGAGGCCACCGAGUAACAAGGACAAUGCAGUAAUUUUUUUUUAUUCAAAUUAUAAAAACUGAUAAGUAUAAGAAAUGUAUAAUUAUGAAGAAAGAUUACUGCAUUACAUUCCACAUGUAUCUCUAUUCAUCGGUCUCAAAUGAAUCACCUUUUUUACAAUUUGUACACUUUAAGCAUUGUUAUAAAAUUUAGUUAAUACAAAUUCUAACCGCUGCGUA